GUUAUCAACACUAUUCUAUUCUCGCUACCUAAAGUCCCAGAGCCCCAGAACGACCGCGAUGUUAGGUCCAAAGUCCCUCCGAACCCUGAUGUCUGGUCGUCAAUGCAUAUCGAGAGUGGGCGUUGUGAGCCCGAGGGCUCUGAACACAACUCCCUCCCAUCCUGCCAUCUUCGCAUUGAGCCCGCCUAGACCUGUACAGAUGACCAAAAGACAAACAAGCACAACAUCCAAGACCACCCUUCAAAUCAAACCUCUCACUCCGUCACAACACGCCGCACACCUGGCGUCCCAGCGGCUCUCCCGGCCCGUGAGCCCUCACCUGUCAAUCUACCAGCCGCAGAUAACGUGGUACUCGGGCGCGCUGAUGCGGAACUGCGCCAUGCUCCUCACCGCGCCGAUCUACAUCUUCGGGGCCGCGUACGUCGUCGCGCCGGUCGUAGGCUGGCACCUGGACACGGACAGCGUGGUGGCGUGGUUCGGGGCGCUGCCCGCCGGCGUGAGGGUGGCGAUCAAGGGAGUGUGGGGGUUUGCAUUCUGCUUUCACCUCGUACACGGGCUGAGGCACUUGAUUUGGGACACGGGGAUGAUGCUGUCGAAUAGGCAGGUGUGGGUCAGUGGGUGGAUAGGGUUGGGGGUCAGUGUGCUGGGAACGGUGGGAUUGAUCUUUUGGUAG